UGUUAUUCGCAAUUUGAAUAUGUACAAUUUAACUGGCAUGAGUUGUGAAUUUCGUUAAAUUUAGAAUGUGAUUAAGCAAUGUAAACUUUGGGAAAAAUUUAUAAUCUUAAACAGAAAAAUUGUGAAAUAAACAUAUUAAAGUAGAGAAGGAUACAAAAAAAAGAAAGAAAAAACGGAAGUAUCGCGGUUGAUUAUCCGACUAGUCUAAAAAAUGCCGUUUUGCGGAAGAGCGUCGGCAUGGUCAAAAGCGGCGUUUUUGUUGCUUAUUCCAGCCAUGGGAUUGUACUGUGCUGGACUGGGUACGCCAUUUUGGAUGAAGAGCAGUACAAUCAAUAAUUCCGUUAAUAUUUCAAUAGGCUUAUGGAAGAUGGUCAAUUGCUCCGGAAGUUUGACCACACCAUGUGUUGGAACUUCUAUACCAGGUUCUUAUUCAACAGCAAUGUUCCACGUUACACAAGCUGUCGAGUGUGCCGUCAUUAUUCCCAUGGCACUUGCUUUUGUUUUAAGUCUUUUUUAUGUGACUUCCCCUGCGGCUCGGACACAGAAAGUAGCGGCAUGGAUAAUGUUAUUUUCAUUCAUCUCUGUUGGUCUUUUUAUUGUUGGGGCAGUUGUAUGGACAUUGAAUCUACCUUCAAAUCAUUACGUGUAUUGGUCAUUCGGACUUACUCUUUUCGCUGCAUCAUUGCUGGUGUUGGUAGCGGUGCUCAUGAUUCAAGAUAUCAGAAUGUUUGAUUACGAGGGAAUUCGACUUAGAAAAGAAGCGAAACGAGAAAAAAGGGCAGCCAGACGGAAUCAGAGGAAGAAACAACAAUAUUAACUCUCAGAUUGAGAUAGCAAAGACAGAAAUGACAACGAGAAUGAAAAUAAAAAAAAC